AUGUUGCGAGCUUUAGCGAGACCCCUCGAACGGUGUCUGGGAAGCAGAGCGAGUGGUGAUGGUUUACUAUGGCAAUCGGAAUUGAGACCUCAUGCCGGUGGAGAUUAUUCGAUCGCGGUGGUUCAAGCCAAUUCCAGAUUGGAAGAUCAGAGUCAAGUCUUCACAUCUUCUUCUGCUACUUACGUUGGUGUCUACGAUGGUCAUGGUGGUCCUGAAGCUUCUAGAUUCGUUAAUAGACAUCUCUUUCCUUAUAUGCACAAAUUCGCAAAAGAACAAGGAGGACUAUCUGCAGAUGUUAUAAGAAAAGCAUUUAAAGAAACCGAAGAGGAGUUUUGUCAUAUGGUUAAACGAUCGCUACCGAUGAAACCGCAAAUGGCUACUGUAGGAUCUUGUUGUCUUUUUGGUGCUAUCUCUAAUGGCACACUGUAUGUCGCGAAUCUUGGGGACUCGAGAGCCGUUCUUGGGAGCGUUGUUGCAGGGGAUAGUAAUAGUAAUAAUAAUCAUAAGGGCGCUGCAGCUGAAAGGUUAUCCACUGAUCAUAAUGUUGCUGUUGAAGAAGUGAGAAAAGAGGUUAAGGCACUUAACCCCGAUGAUUCACAAAUCGUUAUUUACACGCGUGGAGUUUGGAGGAUUAAAGGCAUAAUUCAGGUAUCAAGAUCAAUUGGGGACGUAUACUUGAAGAAACCCGAGUUUUACAGAGACCCGAUAUUCCAGCAACAUGGAAAUCCCAUUCCUUUGAGGAGACCCGCGAUGACAGCAGAACCAUCCAUUAUAGUAAGGAAGCUUAAGCCACAGGACUUGUUUCUGAUAUUUGCAUCAGAUGGUCUCUGGGAACAUCUUAGCGAUGAAGUAGCCGUAGAAAUCGUCCUCAAACACCCAAGAACUGGGAUUGCGCGAAGACUUGUAAGAGCAGCUCUCGAAGAAGCUGCAAAGAAGAGAGAAAUGAGAUACGGAGAUAUAAAGAAAAUCGCCAAGGGAAUCCGACGACAUUUCCACGACGAUAUAAGCGUCAUUGUUGUUUAUCUCGAUCAACACAAAUCCGCUUCAUCGAAUGGUAAAUUGGUCCAACAAGGAGGUGUCACCGCACCAGCGGACAUCUACUCGUUACGGUCUGAUGAAGCAACGCAACGACAGCUACUCAAUGUGUUAUACUGA